GUUUGUGGGAUUGAUGACAUGAGCAAAUCCAUGCCAUUUUUUUUGUUGUUGUUUCUAAUGUGCUUGGUUUUGUCUUGUGAGUGAACGUUUUGCUAUUUGAUUAUGGAGGGACUUGCAAAAUAUUUGGUUUUGCCCUUUAUUGUUUCUUACUUCUCUCUUUCUUUAAUGCUGAGGAUAUUGAUUGGUGGACUUGAAACUUUUGACUUUGAGAUUUCUGAUUUGCAAGCAAAUCCCUUGUAAAGAGGAAGAUAUUUGUUCUGACUUUAGCUUCUUUUUGGUAUUGGGCAUGGAGGGUUUGUUUGGUAUAUUCUGUUGCAGCUAUUAAUUAUAAGGUGAAUUCCUCUUCAAAAUAGUUUACCCUAAUUUCUUAAAGCAAGAAAAGAUGAGAUUUUAAUAUAUUUUCUGUUAAACUUGAUUAUGUGGAUGAAUUUUGGUUUGGAUGAAUACUUGAAGCUAGUUUUAAAAAUUUAAACUCAUUAGAAUUAACUGUGUCACAGCCAGAGUUAAUAGAAAAAAUGUGUUAAAGCUCAAAUUGAAUAAAUUUAACUUUAUUGUGAAAUGAGAUGAGUCAUGAACACUUCAAUUCUAGUUUGUCAUAGGGGUAGGGGGCUUCAACUGUUGGUAUUAAAUGUUGCAGAAUUGGAAACUCUGUAUUUAAAUGCAACGGGGUCAGCCUUCAAUACAACUACAAUAGUAUAGUUCAAGAGGAAAAAUGUUAGGUGGGAACUCGUUCAAAAUUCAAACAAUUUUUAGUAUAAUAUUAUUUGACUAUGGUAUUCAAUAAUUUAGGGUAAAAAAAUGUAAAUUUAUGAAGUUCUUCUUGCAUAAAUAUAAUGCUCAUUUACACAAUUAAUCAAACGUUUAAGUGUACUGGAAUAGUAGUGGAGAAUUCUUACAUGAGGACGGUGGUGAGUGGAAUGUUGAAGCUAUCUUUUUAUUUUUCUAAGUUUUUGAGUAGUUGUGAGUUGUGAGCAUGUACUGGUGCAAAAUGGCACCGAUUUCUGGUGUAAAAUGUGAGACCUGACCCAAUAAAAAAUGCGUUACAGAGAUAUUUUGAAAAGACUUGUCAAGAGCAUGUAGGGAUUCACAAUAAUUAUGAUAGUUCAGUGAAUUUCUUGAGUAGUUAAUAUUCCUUAAACAUGUUAGGUUAUUUUUUUUUAUUAUAGUUUUUUGGACUCUAGUAUGGCCUACUCGUUCUUUCUUACUCAACUUUGCAUCAGACACUACAAUAUGCAAUUAGAUCUGUACAUUGUCUUUUCUCCAUUCUUUUUCAAACCCAUCCAUUGCAUGACAUUUUCAUGGUCUUGGCUUUUGACUCCAUGUGAUGGAAUAAAAAUGGAAGAGUCAUAUGAGAAGAAUUCAAAAGGACUAGAAAUCUUCUGCAAAAGUUGGCUUCCUGAAGCAUCUACGCCAAAAGCAGCACUAUUUUACUGUCAUGGUUAUGGAGACACUUGCUCCUUUUUCUUUGAAGGAAUUGCUAGAAAACUGGCAUCAUCUGGAUAUGCAGUUUUUGCCAUGGAUUAUCCGGGAUUUGGUCUAUCAGAAGGUCUUCAUUGCUUUGUUCCCAGUUUUGAUGGACUUGUUGAUGAUGUUAUUGAGCAUUACUCUAAAAUCAAAGAAAAUCCAGAGUUCCGUUCUCUUCCCAGCUUCCUAUUUGGACAGUCCAUGGGUGGAGCAGUUGCAUUAAAGAUACACCUGAAACAGCCUAAGGCAUGGGAUGGUGCCAUUCUUGUUGCACCUAUGUGUAAGAUUGCAGAUGACAUGGUUCCACCAAAGUUGGUCACUAAUCUCCUUAUUGGAUUAGCCAAUGUUUUACCAAAGCAUAAAUUGGUUCCAAACAAGGAUUUAGCGGAGGCAGCAUUCAGAGAUUUAAAGAAGAGGGAACAGACUGCUUACAAUGUUAUUGCUUACAAGGAUAAACCACGCUUGCAGAGUGCUGUAGAAUUGCUAAGAACUACUCAAGAAAUAGAACGGCGAUUGAAAGAAGUUUCUCUACCAUUAUUCAUCCUUCAUGGAAAGGCUGACACAGUGACUGAUCCAUCAGUGAGCAAAGCCUUGUAUGAGAAUGCAAGCUGUUCAGAUAAGAAGCUUAAGCUUUAUGAAGAUGCCUACCAUGCUCUUCUGGAGGGUGAGCCUGAUGAAGUGAUUACUGAAGUUUUUGAAGACAUCAUCUCUUGGCUUGAUGAACACAGCUUGAAACAGAACCAGCCUUCCUCCUAAUACCGAUAAAUUAAUUUUGCAAUCUUCUGAUUUAAAGAUGAAUAUUUUUAUUGGGAUUGUUUCAAGCAAUGGAAUAUAGAAUGCUUCCGUUAAA